AUAUCGAGCUCAGAGAACCGCCAAUCACUGCAUUCUUUCCUACUGCAUCCUUCAUCCUCACAUCAUGGCCCCGACUGCCGCCAACAACGACCCUUGCCCGACUUGCGUCGAUAGCGAGGGUCCCAUCCGCCGAGUCAACGGCGAAGAGGCUGCCAACAUUGAGCAAACCCACGUCGGCAUCCCCAACACUGUCAAUGGCAACGGCGCCAGCGCCAGCAACGGUCAUCCGACCAAUGGCAACGGUACCAACGGCGCUGCCAAUGGUACCGACUCCCGCCACGGAGGCUACGGCUCGCAGCCUUUUGGUGCCGGCCGCGCCUCUGACCUCCUCUCGAACGUCUCCAACUUCAAGAUCAUCGAGUCGACGCUCCGUGAAGGCGAGCAGUUUGCUACCGCCUUCUUCGAUACCGAGACCAAGAUCAAGAUCGCCAAGGCUCUCGACAAUUUCGGUGUUGACUGCAUCGAGUUGACUUCACCCGCUGCUUCUGAACAGUCAAGGGCUGACUGUGAGGCUAUUUGCAAGCUGGGCCUCAAGACCAAGGUCAUCACCCACAUUCGUUGCCAUAUGGACGAUGCGAGAAUCGCAGUCGAGACUGGUGUGGACGGCGUCGACGUUGUCAUGGGAACGAGCAAGUUCUUGAGGGAGUACUCGCACGGCAAGGACAUGACCUACAUCACCAAGAAGGCCAUCGAGGUCAUCGAGUUUGUCAAGUCCAAGGGCAUCGAGAUCCGCUUCUCGACCGAGGACUCGUUCCGCUCAGACCUCGUCGACCUCCUUUCCAUCUACCAAGCAGUAGACAAGGUCGGCGUCAACCGAGUCGGUAUUGCCGACACUGUGGGCUGCGCCAACCCUCGCCAGGUCUACGACCUCGUCCGCACCCUUCGCUCCGUCGUUGGCUGCGACAUCGAGUGCCAUUUCCACAACGACACGGGAUGCGCCAUUGCCAACUCGUACACUGCCCUCGAGGCCGGCGCGACGCACGUCGACACCUCGGUCCUCGGUAUCGGUGAGCGCAAUGGCAUCCCGUCCCUGGGAGGCUUCAUGGCUCGCAUGUACACCGCAGACCGUGAAUACGUUAUGGGCAAGUACAACCUCAAGGCCCUCCGCGAGGUCGAGGAGCUCGUCGCCGGCGCCGUUGGCGUCUCAAUCCCCUUCAACAACCCCAUUACUGGUUUCUGCGCCUUCACGCACAAGGCCGGUAUCCACGCCAAGGCCAUCCUUGCCAACCCGUCGACGUACGAGAUCAUCAAGCCGGAGGACUUUGGUCUCAACCGCUACAUCCACUUUGGAUCACGACUCACUGGCUGGAACGCAGUCAAGUCCCGAGCAGACCAGCUUGGCCUUGGCCUUACCGAUGCGCAGAUCAAGCAGGCUACCGAGAGAAUCAAGAUCAUCGCCGACGUGCGCGACCAGUCAGUUGAUGACAUCGAUGGUAUUCUCCGCAUCUUUGCGCGUGGAGUCAAGGAGGGACACGAGGUGCACCGCGAUGCUGUCUUCAACAACUUGUGGCAGGAGCACCUGAGGGCAACGGGCGAGAAGGAGGAGGACCUGCCUGAGCAACCGGCUACGAAUGGGAAUGCCAAGGCGCAGGAGCAAUUGGCUGCGUAGAUGAGCAAGGGAGUCAGGCGUGGACACUUCUCUGCAUGUCCCUUCGUUGUUUUUGGUCGUUAGCUAUGGUUUCGGUUUUCGUCUUGUGUUUUCCUUCCGCUACACACACACACACACACACACACAACACAGUUGAUCGAAUUGCCAGAAGAUCGAAGCUGCGAUGCUCGCCAAUCGGUAUGCGGGGAUGGACGGGAGCGGUUGAAAGCGCGUGGAAGAAGCCGAGUCGUCUUGCCGGUUGGGCAGGCCUCCUCAUCCAGAUUGCCAUCGACCAGAGAGGCAGCAGUGCGUAUGAGCUAUGGCAUCUCAAGGUUUCGUUCGUGAGCAACAG